CCCGGCUAUUUCGCGUCCUCCCCGGGCGUAAAUUACUUGAACGUCCCGCGGCCACUCCGUCGUCCCGCCCAUCAUCACGGUCAUUUCCAAACAUGGGGGAAAUCGUUUUGCCACGGCGCAUGUUCCUCUGGUGCAUGGCGGUCAUCUAUUUGAUUGCAUUUGUUUCUCUCUACGUGCAAAUACCAGGUCUCUAUGGCAACGAUGGUCUCCUGCCCGCUCGUAAGCAGCUCCGUUUUAGCGGCAAGCCUCUGGGAGAGCAACUUCUGUCCUCGCCCACCCUGCUGUGGCUGAGCCCCCACCUGGGCCUUGACACGCACACGGCUAUGGAGUUGCUAUGUUUGGUCGGGGCGGCGCUCAGCCUGGCCGCCACACUGGUGGCGGCGCUGCGAGACAGCCUGGUAUUCUUCUGCCUCUGGGCUUUGUACUUGUCCAUGUACCAGGUGGGCCAGGUUUUCCUCUACUUCCAAUGGGAUAACCUGCUCCUGGAGGCGGGCUUCCUCUGCAUCCUGGUGGCUCCAAUGACUCUCAUCAGGGGGUCCCGGGCCGUCCGCGAGCACGACCGCAUCACCUUUUGGCUCAUCCGGUGGCUUCUCUUCCGUCUGAUGUUUGCCUCCGGGGUAGUGAAGCUCACCUCACGCUGUCCAACUUGGUGGGGCUUAACUGCGAUGAAUUACCACUAUGAAACCCAGUGCAUUCCCACCCCACUGGCUUGGUUUGCCCACCAGUUGCCCGCGUGGUGGCAGAAGCUGAGCGUGGUGGGCGCCUUCGUUGUGGAGAUCGCCGUGCCGCUGCUUUUUUUCAGUCCUCUGCGCAGGCUCCGACUCGGCGCUUUCUACUUGCAGGUGCUGCUGCAAGUGAUGAUCAUUUUGUCAGGCAACUACAACUUCUUUAACCUUUUGACCUUGGCGCUUUGUGUGUCCUUGCUGGACGACCGGCAUGUGCGCUUCUGGCUGCGCACAGCAGAACCCAAUGAACACAAAGAGUCCAAACUGUGGUCCUGGCCGUGUUCCAUGUUGGAGCUCGCUGUCUCGUCUCUGGUUAUCUUUGGCGCAAUCGUGUGUUUCGACCUGAAAGUGGACACGACGACCAGAGCCAUCACUUCUAAAACGGCUUUCACCUACCACCACUUUAACAACUUUCUCAAGAGUGUCACUUUCCCCUGCGUGUGGGUCGGUGUUCUCUCCCUCACUUGGGAGAUCAUCACGGCCAUGUUCAGGUGUGCGUGUGUCUCUGGUUUCUUGAGGAGGUUUUGGUCCACACUUCAGUGGAUGCUGUUUGCCGCUGCCGCGGCCACCAUGUUCACCAUCAGUCUGAUGCCUUUCACCUACAUAGAAUAUGACUCCAAUUCUAAGCUGUGGCCCGGCGUCCGUCAAGUGUACAGCCUCGUGGAUCGCUACCAGCUGGUUAACUCGUACGGGUUGUUCCGAAGGAUGACUGGCGUGGGCGGGCGGCCCGAGGUCGUCCUGGAGGGAAGUCACGACGGCGUCACCUGGACGGAAAUCGACUUUAUGUACAAACCUGGCAACCUGAGCGCUCCGCCCCCGGUGGUGACGCCCCACCAACCCCGUUUAGACUGGCAGAUGUGGUUCGCUGCCCUCGGGGACAACACACAGGCACCGUGGUUCAGCAGUCUCGUGUACCGACUGCUCCAGGGCAAGACGGACGUCAUCAAGCUGAUCCAGACGGACAUCACUCGUUACCCUUUCCACCAGCAGCCCCCUACCUAUCUACGAGCCCACCGAUACAGAUACUGGUUCACGCAACCCAAAGAGGACGGAUCAUACCCGGAGCGCUGGUGGAGGAGGGUCUACAAUGAAGAAUUUUACCCCGUAGUACAUCUGGGCCACCCAUUCCUUGAGAGCUUGCUGGAUCAACAUGGACUCAAGGACAAGUCGCCUUCACGCCGCCAGGUGAAUUCCACCGUGGCCCGCGCCGUACGGUGGCUGCGCGCCCAGGUGUCGGGCGUCCCAGCUCCGGAGCUCAUCUGGACCCUGGUCGGCUGCAGCGCCACCUUGUGCCUGCUGCUGGCGAUGCCCAAGGGACAAAAACACGCCGCGGACAGUUCCGAUCGGAAAGACACUCUGCCCGAUGUGAAGAAGGCGGUAGAUGAGGAUGAUGAAGAUCAUGAUGAGGGUGAGGUGGAGGAUGUUGUUGAGAACGACGGAGAUGGUGUCACCAAUGAUGAGGAGGAGGAGGAAGAGGAGGAGGAGAAGGAGGAGGAGGAAGCGCAAGAAAUGUAAGAGAAAGUGGCUGAUGUUACCGAAUUGAGCAAAGAGGUAUGUGUGUGUAUAUAUUUGUACUUCCUGUUUCGGCUCGCUUGUGUACAUCACUUUGGAUGAUUUAAUUAUAUUUUGGGAAAACACUCACUUUUCAACAGCCAUCAUGAACCCGGCAAGUUGUCAAUGCAGAAACGCAAAUGUGCCUUUUCUGUGUGUACACUACACGCACACAAAAAACAUUUAUUUUUUUUUUUACAAAAAAACAUUGAAAGAAAAUAAAUGAUUGUCCUGAAAGCUA